UUGACCCGUUUUCAUCUCGCCGAACGCAACAACGCUUCGCACGCCUGCCUUUUCAUCUUCUUUUAUCAUUAUUCAUACUACAACUUGUUAAUAGAGUAGAGUAGAGUAGGUGCCCGGAAGAAGGGAGGACGGCAACUGGGCUAUGUUGUUGUUUCAUUGGAAAACAUAAACAAAAACACUUCUCUCUCCUCUCCUAUUCUCUCCUCUGCUUUCUCCUUCCUCCACCGCCUUCAACCAGCUGGGGCGUGUGGUGUGGGGUUGAUUGAAUGCGACAAGUACUAAAACAACCAUCUUUCUUCCCUCAAUCGCUUCCCAGCACUUAGGAUCUCUUCAAUGGCGGCGGCCUAGCGUGACGGGAGGGAGGCCUAGCGUGACAGGAGGAGCGACGGGAGGCCUAGCGUGAGAGGAGUCGUAGCGUGACGGGAGGAAGAGAAAGAAAAGAGGGAUCGGGAGAAUUUGCGGGGCGGAUGAGGGAGGAGGAGAAGGAGAAGAUGGUUUCGCGGGUGCGGAGUUCGAUUCCCGGGGGGUUGAAUCCACGGGAUGAGGAGGUGGUGAGGGAUGUGAUUUCGCGGUACCACACGCACGAUGUGCCGGCGGAGCACUGCUCAUCGAUGGUGGCGCAGCGGGUGAACGCAAGGGUGGAGUUGGUGUGGUCGGUGGUGAGUCGCUUCGACAAGCCACAGACGUACAAGCACUUUGUACGCAGCUGCAACACGGUCCAGGGCGAUGGCGGCGUGGGUAGUGUGAGGGAGGUGAGCCUCGUUUCGGGGCUCCCCGCUACCACUAGUACCGAGCGCCUGGAGCUUCUUGACCCGGCGCACCACGCUAUAAGUUUCCGCAUCCUUGGGGGUGAGCACAGGCUACGGGAUUACCAUUCGGUGACCACGCUGAACCAGUUUGUGGACGCUGUGAGUAGCAACGCAUGGACACUGGUGCUUGAGUCUUAUGUGGUUGGGAUACCUGAUGGGAAUACGAAGGAGGACACCUGUAUGUUUGCGGACACCGUUGUGCGGUGUAAUUUGCAGUCGCUUGCACAGGUGUCGGAGCACCUGCAGCAGAAUCAAGAGCGGCAGGGUGUUCUGCCGGCCCUAAUUGCUCAUUCACACCCGAAUUCAUCAUCUGGGUAAAGAUUUUACUAGUGCUUGUGGGGGUGGGGGUGGGCUAUUUGAGGAACCUGCAUAUAGUUUCUGAUGUUUUGUACAUAUAGGUUUCUCUCUGAAUGGAUGAUGAUGCUUAUUAGCCUUUGGGGAUCUGCGACUGUAAUAUUUAUCUUUGCCUUUCUUUUUGGUUUUCUGUGCGAGCCCUAUAUUUAUCCUCGAGUUCAAAUAAUGCCUUACUCGCGACUGUAAGUGGAUGAUUCUGUUCUACAAUUUUAUAGAUUUGGAACGCGGGAAUGUUCCUUAUAUUGCAAUAAGGCGCAAGGUCUGUGAUCUCUUAAAUGCAGUGGGCAUUGGGUAUACUAUGUUUUUUGGUUUUUCUUCUGGGUUUAUCAUGAAACGAAUGUCUGUCAUUUUUAUUUUGGCAAUCUGAAGCUUACUGCAGAUCUAGGACCGCCAUUGUUAAAUCAA